UCCACUCAUCCCCUUCCGGGUCAUAUUCUCCGUCAUCAGGCAUAGGAAGUCAGCGUGUUUCAGCGAAAUAAACAAGGAGGUAUGUCGCUCCUGCCCUCCUGUUAAAGAUAAAGGUGCAUCAGGCCGGCAUGGUAGAGAAGCAGGAUCAUGAUAUGGAGGAGGCAGACCAGGUGUACCUGCUGAUGAAGAAGGGCUACCGGAUCUCCCGUAACGUGCGGCUGGCCUGGUUCCUCAGCAGGCUGAACCAGGCGGUGCGGCCGACGCCCCACACGGAGCUGUUUAACGUAGACAGCGAGCUGGAUGUGCUCAGUGUACUCCCCAAGGGGUGCCAGCCCGACUUCCCCCCCACCACUCUGGCCUAUCAGCUCGUCCCGUCCACCAGGGUCACAUUCCUCUCCCACCGGUACCGGUUUGUCAUCGAACUGGAUCUCAGCCCUUCCACAGGAAUUGUGGAUGACAGUACUGAGGAGAUGAUGUUUGAUGAGGUUUUCCAUGCCCUGUCCCGGUGUCUGGCUGGCCUGACCAAACCCUUCAAAGUCCCGGGAACAGACCUUGUGUUUCAGCCUGAGAUCUUCGUCACCAUCCUUGCCUACUCCUCCAUCAUUGGGCUGAGAUCACACCAGGUUUUGGUCCAGGGAUGCCAGCUGGAUUGUAUUGAUCUGGAACGGUUUUUACACCAGAUCUACCAGCAAGUCAGGGCAGUGGAAAACAGCAUCGCUGAGGUCCUCCAGCAGCAGCACCAUCAAGCAAGAGGGCAGUGUGAUUCGGCUGUUCUGUGCUCCGGGAUCUCAAACGACUUGAUGGAUGCUCAGCCUGAAAGGAAGCUGGCGGUCUCCAUGGUAACGGCUGAUGUGGGUUUGGUCAGCAUGAUCAGGCAAGGAAUCUUAGCUCUCCAGCUUCUGCCUCCCAACUCCAGUGCAGGAAUAAUAAUCAUCACGGAUGGAGUGACCAGCGUGCCUGACAUUUCUGUGUGUGAGACCAUUCUGAACCAGCUCCGGAGUGGAACCAUAGCCUGUUCUUUCAUUCAGGUGGGUGGGGCAUAUUCUUACGACAGCAGCUUUGGCUACAUCCCCAAUGUGGAGCUGAUGAAGUUCAUCUCCAUGGCCACCUUUGGGUCCUACCUGUCGAUCUGUCCAGAGCUGGAUCUGACCAAUCAGGAGAUGAACACCUAUCAUAAGGCAUUCCUCACCUACUCCUUCCUGAAGACCAGCGAAUCCAUGAACCCAGACUACUACUGUGAUUCCCAGCACAAGCUCUUCAAUGAGCACCUGGUGUCAGCCAGCGGGAACCCUGCCCUGGUCAUGCGUAGGAAGAAGCACACUGAGAAGGAGGUGCAUGCCCACCUGCUGAGCGUGGUGUCUGUCAGGCUGAGGGAGGGGUACUCCAUCCGCGAGAUCAACGUCAUCAAAGGCGGGACACAGCUGGAGGUGAAGCUCGUCCUUCUGUGGAAGCACAACAUGCGCAUCGAGUACCUGGCAGUGGCGUCCUGGCCACUGGAUCCCGGAAAGCGCACCACGUGCGUGGACGUGACCAUGGAGGGUAGCUAUGACAUCCUACAUGACAUCAGCUGCACCAUGAGGAAGCCCAUCACCAGCCCCUACCGCACCUCUGUCAUCCGCCGCUUCUGGAACACUCUGCAGAGCAUAAACCAGACGGAUCAGAUGCUGGUCCACUUGCAGUCUUUCAACUCCUUGCCAGAGCACUACACCAUCCCAGAGAGUACAAAAAAUGGAGUGCCUCUGUUUUACAUCCCUCCUGGCUCCACCACGCCGGUGCUGUCCCAGCAGUACAGCGGCUCCAAGGAUUCCAGCCAGUCGCAGUUCGCCUCCUACUGGAAGCCCAUCCUCUCCAUGGACGCCAACUUCUGGCAGAGAUGGCUACACAUGCAUCGCAUCACCAUCAUCCUGCAGCACGACACCCCCGUCCCUAAGCACCUGCACAUGGCUGGUGCCAACGGCCGCUUCAGCACCAUCCAGUGCCGCAUCUCCCACUCGGCCCUCACCUUCCUGCUGCGGGACUGGAGCAGCUUUGUGCUGGUGGAGGGAUAUUCCUACGUCAAGCUCAUCUACAGUGGCCUUGACCAACCUCCCACAUCCUUCUACUUGGUGCGUCUGAUCUCCAAGGCUCCCUGCAUGGUGCUCCGGCUAGGAUUUCCUAUAGGGACCCUGGCCCACAUUAGGAAUAAGAUUGCAGAUGAGCUACGGGACCAGAUCCUGAAACUAAGGUUUCCACACCGUGUCCAGGGAAAAGAGGCUUCCACCCCUAAAGUGAAGAGAAAAGUCCUAGAGAAUGUGUCCCCCUCCAAAUCUCCUCCCCCGCUCACCCUCAAGCCGGCUCUGUCUGACCGGCCCUGUGUGGUGGUUCUUAACAAGCCACUGGAGAAGCUACUGAUCAGGUACGAGAAGCCACCAUCUGAUUACCAUGCGCCCUUCAUCCUGAACAUGGAGCACUUCUCGCAGGCCCCCACCUUGUCCGCCCCGCUCACUGUGGCCGCCAGCCGCACGGUAUCCUCCACGUUGGCGUCGCUCUCCCGUUACUUCCUGCAUCGGCGCUGGGUGUGGGCGGUGCAGAACGGGCUGGGCCCAGCGGUCUCGCUGCAGGCCGUCACCCACAUCCUCACCCUGCUGUCAGAUGUCCGCCUGUCUGAGGGGUUUAAUUUUGCCGCCAGCGGUGAAGGUAUCGUCAACAUGGUGACAGAGCUGCCCAUGCAGGCAUCAGAGGAUGGGGAGAGUCACACCUGCAUCAUCCAGUACAUCCUCUUCCCUCCGCACUCCACUUCCACCAAGGACAGCUUUUCCACUGACGACGACAACGACACAGAGGUAGAGGCCAUUGACCUGGACACGGAGCUGAACCUGGUCACGGAGUGCUGGGUGGAGCCUCAGACAGGGGUGGUUGGCAUGGCUUCUGAGCAUCAGAGGCACCUCUGCGACCUCAUGUACCAGGAGAUCCCCCAGGCGAUUUUUCCCCGGGAUCUGGCCUGCAUGUGUACUAUUAUGACUUUUGAAUACCUAAGUCAGCUGUGCCAAAACAAAGACCUCAUCUACCCGCUGUGUGGGGACAAAGUUUUUAGGGAAGACGCGACAGCAUCCGACGAGUGCAUCCAGACCAUUCCUUUCCAGUUUGACCUGAUCAAGCUGCUUCCCAAGUGCCAGCAGAUUGAGAUCGUCUUCCUUACUCUCAGCAGAGAUGAUAUUGAAGAGGUGGCUCAUAGUAGCCCAUCAUUGCCCAAUGAGGUUCUGGUGAGCCUCUUCCACAGUUGCAUGAAGCAGGACCUCAGCGACCGUGAGAUUCCCCUGGAAGAUGCUGAGCAUUCGUCGUUCAUGCAGCACAUCACGCUGAGGGAGCGUGAGGGCCACGUGCUGCCCUUCUCACUGCCUGUCAAGGAAGAGGCUUGUGAGAAGCUUGGGGGAAGUCUGGACAUGACGGCAGCAUUGCACACCAUGGGGAGCAGCAAGGAUGUGACAGGAUCCUCCAGCACCCUGCAGAGUGUCAGCAACAUGGGUCUGGCUGAAGAGGGUGCCGUCGCAGAGAAGAACGAGACCCCGUCUCCACAGUGGAAGUGUUACGCCAAGUACGUCAACGCCCAUCAGAUCUUCCUCACCUUCCUUCCUGCCACCUUUGCAGAUAUCGAGGUUCUGAUGGAGUCUGGUCAGGAUAGAGAGUCCCAGGACCAGUGUGGCCUGCAGGAGGACGAGGACACGCUCAGGGACAACAGCAGCAGCAACGAGCCGGAGGCGGGCGAGUCGGGUACGGAUGCGGGGCAGAGCUCAGCGAGGAGCGAUGCUGGCAGCCGGCCCCUCAGUCCGGACCCGGUGUCUCAGUGCACCCUGCCAGAAAUCUCCACCGGGGAGAGCAAGGACUGGGCCAACCUGGCGACCGAGCGGGACGGGGGGGGCUCCGAACAAGGUGUGGAGGAAAAGGACGGUGUCCAGUUUACGGAGCCUAACAAACGGGACCUCCACAUCACCUUCAGCCGACAGGUCUCUCAGCAGAGUGCUGGGAAUCUCGCCCGGCCGCGCUGCCCCAUCUACAUCUACAACUGCUCUCUGGAGUCCCUCAGGGAGCAGCUGGUGCAUCCCAAUGCCAACAGACAGCCUCGGGACAUCUUCUUCAGACCUCAAGAUGCAGACUCCUGGGAGAUGUAUCAGCUUAGCAGGGCCCCAUCUCAGGAACGCAGCAGCACCUCCUCCUGGACGGAGCUCAUGGCGCACCCACACAAGCACAAGGAGCUGGCUGGCUACUGCAGUCUGCUGCAGGAGCAUUUUCAUCAGUGCUACGUUAAAGGCGUGUACCACAGCCUGCAGCAGUCGCACCCCAUCAGUUCCCAGGACGUCCUCACGGCCAUGGACUACUGCGAGGAAUCCCUGCAGGAGAUCGACAUCACCUCCUUCCUGCAGACGCUCUGUGGACACGUGCAUCUCUUCCGGGAGCAGCACGACAAGGCAGCCCGGGCAGGGGUCCUGGGCCUCAGCCGAACCUCAGCCACGUUCACCAUCGGGGACGCAGAGGACGAGGGGGGCUCUGAGAGGCCGCCGCUGGCGUCCUUCUCCAGCGUGGACACAGAAGACGUCAGCGAGGCCGAGUCCAGGGGGAAGCCCUCAGCUCCCACAUCGCCCCUGGCAACCGAAGCGCCCAAAAUCUACAGGAUCUACCCAGAAUUCCCUCUGUCUCUGUUACAGGCGCAGCAGAACUGUGAGAUGUAUCCCAACCUGCACAAAAUUAUACAGGACAAAUUUCUGGAAAUCGGUGCUCGCUACUUCAAGAUGGUCCCUUCAAACCCCCAUUACUUUUUUUACUGCUCACCUUCAGCAAAGAGAGAGGAGGACUCAGAUCAAGAGGAGGAGAGGAGGCCCAGUGAGGAGGUCGAGGUCUCGGAGGCUGAACUUGCGACUGAGGAUGAGAACGUGUCUGGAUGCUGCAUCGUCACCGAGAGCGACACAGACAUGGAGGUGGAGUACCGAGAGCAGGCUGACAGGCGUUUCCCGGACAACGACUCCGUAUCGGACUCGAACACGGUGAACCAGGAAGACGACUCCUUCAGCAUCCUGGACGGGGACUCCUUGCUGGAGGCGGAGGGGCCGCAGCCGGAGUUGCCCCCACUCUUCAUCCACCUCACCUGCUCCAUCAACCUGAAGAGCUGCCAUGGCUCCAUGCCCAUAGAGACGCUGCCCACCUGUCUGGGUGAGGUCAUUUCCUGCCUGGAGAAUGCCGAGUCGCUCCAGUCAGUGGAUCUGAGCGACUUAUCGGUCACAUUGGACGUCUUUGUUCUGACCCUGCCCCUGGACCUCGAGGUCAUGUCAUCCGAGUUUCACCAUAAUAGGUACGCCUCAGAGAGCAGCGUCUCCCUGAACCGAUCCCCCGCCCAGCCCUCCUCCUACCACUCCGACGAAGAACUGAUGAGGACUCUGGAUGGUCUUAAUGGGGUUGGAAUGGAUGGGGUUUCAGGGGAUCCUUUGGCCAAACUCCCGGUUCCCCACAAGAUGGCCGUUUUGGCCACCAUGGACGAGAUCCGUUGGCUCUUGGAGGACGAGAUCGUUUCUGCCUUGCGCCACUCGGGGGCGAUCACCACGGUAGUUCUGCAGAAGGUGGCGGAACACAUAUGUCGCUCAGAUGACCGGCCCCAGUGCCACUCCCAGGAGGUGCCCCUGCAGUUUGUCUUUGGGCCUGAGCAGUCCCUCGAGAACUUCAAGGAGGAAUUCCGGAGGAUGUCCCUCACAGGCUACCUUCUAAACGAGAAUCUGGAUAACUUUUACUACGUGUCGGUGAGCCGCCUCCACUCCCAGACACUGAAAGCCGCGAACAGCGCGGCCAAGUGUGUCCCUGACGCUCAGGAAGUGGUCGACAAGGCCCCAGAGCACGCUGGCCACUGUGGAGAACCGGAAGACUCUACCAGGGUGCUUUCCGGUCAUCCUUCAGCUGCCAAGAGCCUCGAUAGGCAAGCAGAGAUGGAGAAAAUGGAGCCGAACACUGCGGAUGCCGUAGGCCCUGGGCUUGAACCGGAAUGCGCGUCGGUUUCAGAGAUGCCAGUCUCCACUCUGGAUCGAGACGAGGCCAAAGCGCAGAGCUCCGCCAGUGGUGGUGGUGCUGGAGACAGACCACUGGCCGGCGCAGUGCAGCUGCAGCCCAGCGGCAGUGUGGAGGGCUCCUCGGAGCAUGUCUCACCCCCCAAGACCCCCUCUGCCGUCAGCCUGACGGAGUCCAUGCAGUCUGCCACCCACAGUAGCUGCAAGCUGAGACCAAGUCGGGUGCAGAGUGUCGUGUCCAGUCAAGGCAGCCUGGAUUCUGACAUGCUGGGCUAUGACGGGGGUAGCAGUGAUUCUGAAUGCGAAGGUCCCACCAUGGACGAGCAGGAGCCCCAGUGUCCCAUCAUGCCUGACUUCUGGCUGAUAGUCAAGAUCUGCCAGGACAAAGUGGUGGUGUACUCCCACUCCAGAAGUUUAAAUGGCAACAAUGAGGAAAUGAUUGGAGAUUCAGAGAAGGAUGAGACCAAAUUGCCCGAGUAUCUAAAACUGCACCAGGCGCUUGUGCGGAAGGUUGGGGAGAUCUGUCGCCUUGUCAACCAGCGUCUCCUGCUGCAGGACCUUCAUGACAGCCAUUCGUGCAACUCGCUGCUGGUGGCCGAGAGCGAGGAGGACAUCUGGAAGAAUGAAUCCAUGUACAGGCAGAGGACGGCCAAUCCUGACGACUACUCCGCCGAGGAGAUCUACCAGCCCAGGAAUUACCUGGCCGCGACCAUGCAGUUCAUCCCUGGGCACUUCGCCUGCGACGUGGUGUGGAGCACCGUUAUCCUCAUCCACCCCCGGCUCAAGAUGGGGCCCAACAUGGGCGUUUCCAGGGCGAUCCAAGCCCUUCGCUCGGUGCUCAGCGCCUUCUCCGUGGUCAACAGGAAGAACAUGUUUGUCUACCAGGAACGCUCCACCAAGUCAGUCUUCUACCUCCGACUCUCUGAGACUCCGCAGAGUGGAAAGUUCUCUGACUUGGAGGCCAAUCCCCUGCACGUGUCCCGUUCUGUGGGACUCGCCCGCAGCCAGGAACCCAUCUACUCAGAUGAACUCGCGGGCUCCCAUUCCUCUCUGGAAGGUUCUCGCCCCGUGGGCCAGGUGGACAAGCACAUCCUGCUGCUGGUUCAUGGUGUUGGCCAGGCUGGUCCGGAGAUCACAGAUGAGUUAGUCAAGGUGUUACGCAAGCGACUUGAUGAAGCUACACUGGAUAUCAUCACUGUCAUGCUCGUCCGCAACUGCAAGCUAACCCCAGAUGACGUUGAGUUCAUCCAGCCUCCCGGGUCUCCGGCCACGGAAGUGAUGGAGUUCACACUGCCUCCGUACACCCUGUCCUGGAUCCAGGCGGUGGCUCACUACCUGCGGCAAAACCUGCUCAUCUUCCUGCACAUCCCCAAGUACACUGACAGCAAUAUGGAGCACCACUUCAAGCACUACUUUAAUUUGAGCAGCGGAUUGCCCGACUCUGAUAUCUACCUCUAUAACAAGCCUGGGGGCCAGGGUACAGGUGGAAAAGGAAUCGCCUGUAUUGCCUUAUCUUUUGUGGAUGCUCAGGGCUGCCCCCUGCAGGUGCCUGCCCAGAAUGGCUGUGAACCUGCACAACAGGACAUCUCUACAAUCACACUUGACCCUGAUAUAUUUGAGACCCUCACUACGGUUGUUAAAAUUGAUUCCCAAAGUGAACAAACAGAACCACAGAUUCGCGUUCGCUUUGACAUAUGGGAGCAAGGGAACAUCAGCUCCCUCCAGUUGGCUGACAAACUGCAGGGAGCUCUCCGCCACGCCCUCUGUGAUGUCAUAAUGGAGCUGAGGGUGUUGCCCAAUCCCCUUUGCGUGGAGGCGUGUUCUUUCGCCUUGACGGUGUCACAGAGUCCCAUUGAAAGCACUGCUACCCUUCUGAAUUCUCAGUCUGGCAGUAAAGAAAAGAAGAACCUUCCUCAGCAGCUUGAUUGCCAGGUUAUUAAAAAUAGCCCCGCACCAAUUACUCUGACCCCGGCCCCUGGAACCACCCCAAGCACUGGAACUAGUACCCCAGAAUCCACCACACCCACCAGUAAAACCACACGCAGAAGCUUUUGGGAAAUAUUGAGCAAGCCAGACCCAGCAGAACUAGGCAGCCCCAAGACCACAGAUGACAUCGUGCAGGAGCGGGGGGAGGACAGCCGAGCUGCCCGGCGCAGACACAAAACCGAGACUGUCAAGCAGCAGUGGAGCCAGGAGAAGAUAGUGGCUGCUGACAUGGAGCAUGCCCAGAGGAGGCACACAAGCCAGCUGGAGGAGGGGGAGACAGGGGUGCUGCACCCUGUCUACCUGAGCACCUACCAGCCCUGGGUUACCUUCAUGGCCCGGCUGGGGUGCCCCUCCAUCCAGCAGUGUGCAGCUGAGAUCGCCUCCUGCUUCCUGCUGCCGUCUCUCCUGGUGGAGAUCGUCAACCUCGUCAGCUCGCUGGCCAGCGACACUGUGGUCAAGGUCUUCGAGACCCCAGGUCCUCACAGUGAGGCGUUUGUGCCUGUCACCCAUCACCCCGGUAAGCCCCCAUCCACCUCCAAGCAUUUUCUUCUCAUUGGACGGAACUUCCACCAAUGGCGAUGCAGCACAGAGCAAGCCCACAAGGGUCUCCAGCGCUUUGAGGCCUUGGAGCAGAGCGACUGGUUCUGCGCUGGGCAAGCCUGCAAGGGGGUGGCACCAAGACAGAGGUUCCUAAUUGUCUACAUCUCAGACAAGAAGGUAACCCUGUACAUGUAUAACUGGUCGGUGGACCUGGGCGCCUCUCUGAGUCGUGAGCUGACGCGGCUGGUGCAGUGGCAGAACGCACGAUCGCAUGUGCUGCACUGCCUGCUCAGCCAGAAAAUGGGCUUGUUCCACCACUACUGCCUGUCGGACCCUCCGGCGCAUGAGGACCUCAAGCAGGAAAACAACCCCUUCCUGAACUCCACCCUGGAGGUGGACGCUCUGCUCCGCAGCCCCGUUCCCCCCGCGCCCAGCAAGGACCCAGGGCGGCUGAGCGGCUGCCCCCGCACUCUGCCUCUCAUGCACUUCCACCCAGAGCUGGUGCCGUUCGACGAGGCCCUGCGAGACGUCUGCAUCGAGCGGCCCAUGUCCAGCGGGCCGGACGGAACCGAUGCGGUAGCCCAGCACGGAGCCCAGCUGCUGGAGAUCAAGGCCGCGGAGCGCAGGGGUCAGAAUCAGCUUAUCCAGCAUAAACAGCCAGAAAUGGAGAAGCAGAUGAAGAUCGAGAACCUAUUUGUAACGUGGCAGCAGAGGUCUGCACAGUCCAACAUGCCCAUCACGGUGACAGACCUUGAAACUCUGAAGCAAUCCUCCCGACUGGUUCACUACUGCGCCACUCCUUUGCUGUUCGAUCCUGUCUUCCGCAAACAGAUCCAGGAAGGACAAAUAUUCCACCCCCAGCCUAAGAAGCGACACCGAUCGAACGAAUCCACCCUGUCAGGCCGCAGCCGCAGCUACAGCACGGACUCCGCCGACGCCCCCCCCGGCCGGCCGCCGCAGGAGGCCUGGCUGCAGGACAUCUCCAGCACCUUCCUGCAGCAGUACGUGCAGUACCUGCAGAGCAUCGGCUUCAUCCUGGUGCAGGUCCGGCCGCAGUCGCCAGCCCGAAGCAUCGCUCGAGCCCGAGCGGCCGCCUUCAGCUCAAUGUCCAGCGAGGGUCGAGCGUCAUUCUCCUGUAACAAGCAGAAGAGCGAGGACAGCCCAAAGCGAAGCAGCGGACUGGGAACUAGCACCUAUCACCUGCAGAGGGCGCUGCCAGGGGGGAUUGUACUAAUGGAGCUGGCCUUCCAGGGCAGUUACUUCUGCGUGACUCAGUACGCUCUGGAGUGUUCCCGCAUCCCCAUGGGCCAAACGGUCAACUCCCAGGCCUCUCUCCUCACCAAACCUCGUAGCAAGUCGUACACCGAGACCUCUUCAGUCUCUGACUCUGCGCUCUCCAUGCUCUUCACAGAGGAGUGCGAUAAGGUGCGGGACUUGAUGCAUGUGCACUCUUUUAGCUAUGACUUCCACCUGCGGGUGGUGCACCAGUAUUUGGUAGGCUGUCACAUGACCUUGCGGCAAGGCUAUCAGCUCAGUAGCUUCCUGGAGGACUUCAUGGCCCAUCAUCCUGACAUUCCUAAAUUUGGUCGAAAUCACGUCUUCCAAGGAAGCUUCUCGAUUUCCACGGGCAUGAUAACGGCUCACCAGCUCUACAACUACAUUACCGACCAUGCCGGCACCUACGAUAUGAAGCCAUUACGUAUGUCAAAGACUGCAAUAACUACAGACAAUAAAAAGGGGACACCAAAUGCUGAUUUGCAUGAGUACGCACUCGUGGCACUAUGGAACAGCUCUGGUUCUUACAAGGAUACAGAAGGCUUGCGUCACCAUGAUGACUUUGAUGUGUCCCUUCUGGUGUGUCAUAAUGCUGCACCAUUUGAAGAACAGUCAGAGGGGGAGAGACAUUGUCUAAGACUGCGCUACUACGUGAUCAUGACCAGCCAGCGUGAGCUCUUCCCUCGCCUGACGGCUGACAUGCAGCGCUUCAAGAAGCUCCCGCAGAUCCACCGGGAGCUUGGCGACCUGGGGGGGAAGGUAACACAGGAGCAGCUGGAGAUGGGCAGGACCGAGGACGACAAACUGGACCUAUGGGAGGAGGCUGCCACCAGCGAAGAUGGAAGAUGCUACCUGUCCAGGCCCCAAGGUGGCGGGGCGACCCCGGUGCUUUUCUGCUCCUCCCCAGUCUUUCCGCUGCUGAACUCGGAGGUGAACUUUGCCCGACGGCAGAUCCAGACUUGUGUGCAGCAGGCCAUGGGGCACUGCCGGAGAGACAAUCUUUGGAGGCGUCUCUUCCAUGGGGAGCACCUUGCCUUAGAUAAGCUCAAACUGAGCAAGCUGACGUUCCAUGAACUGGAGGAACUGCUCAAUGCCGUGCACAGUCGCUCCAUAGGGGACAUCGACCCGCAGCUGGAUUGCUUCCUGACCAUGAGCCCGGCCUGGUAUCAAAGCCUAAUCAAGGUGCUGCUAUCACGGUUCCCACAGAGCUGCCGGCACUUUGUGGAUGACAGUGGGAUCCAUUACCUGGCUGUCCUCAAUCAGAAAUUCACGGACUGCUUUGUUCUUGUCUUUCUUGACACUCAAGCAGGAAAAACAAGUCUCAAAGUGGUUUUCAGAGAACCGUUACCUUCCCACCAACAGGGUGGCAGCAGUAGCCCUCCACCCCAGCUUGUCUCCAUGUACCAUCACCUGGAGUCGGUCAUUAACACAGCCUGCUUCAACCUCUGGACUGGUCUACUUUAGCCCUAAGCUUUAUAACCCCCUUUCCCUGUCACGAGUCUUGCAGUGUUACGAACUCACAUUUCCCGCAUACUCAUCUGUAGAGCAUGCUGUACAGCCCUGAUCCUACAUGAAGGAUUACUUGAUGACGCCAUUCUGGUCAAUCAGAGUGCCGGUCAUGAAUGCAAGUUUGCACUUAUGCCUAGAACUGCUUCCACAUGGGGCUUGGAGCAAAGAGACCCCAAGUUCAGACACAUUCAUUUGCAGUGAUUUCAUUUACAUCGAACGGACUGCAUUUGUACACUAGUGUGUCUUCAUCCAAAAAGUGCCUGCACUGUUUUAUAAUUUAAUGAAAGAUGUGUAAUAUUGAACUUGAAUGAAUGAAUUAUAGAAAAGACAAUUAAAAUUACAGUUUAAAGAAUUAG